AAUCCGGAUCGAAUUUACUCAGUCGUUACUGGUGUAUCGAUGUGAGUGCAUUGGAAUUUUCAAGAAAAUAAUGAAAACUAUCGAACAUUUUAUCUUCAUUUUUAAUAUUCUACUCGCUGUAAACGUUUUUAUUACUUCAGCAUGUCCCCGCGAAAUGCAAGAUGUGAAGGCUGCAUACAAAUCGGGCGAAAUCCUCGACCAAAGCCUGCCGAUAACGCUUGCGACAAUCAAGAGGAAGCUAAAAGAAAGCGGUAUCUUUAAUUGGCAAGAUCCAACUCUUAAUGAACGAGAGAAGAAGGAAUUGAGCAAACUGUUCGAUGUCAUUGCAAUUAUGACGACAUCUCGAGCCCGUCAACCGUCGAACGUGCAGAACAUGUUCUCUUCUCUGCGUCUGGUUGAGAGAGUAGUUAAGAAGCAACUUAAGCAAGGGCAGAUUUCGGAAUCGCUAGCAGCCAAGUUUCAUUGGGAAAAAUUGCCUACAAGACAUAGACGCGAGAAACCAACAUAUUAUUUAGAUAAGAAGACAAGUAUGAGAGUUUUUAAUACGAUGAACUAAGCUCUAUUUAAUUAUGCCAUUUGUAGUGUAAAAAAUUAUUCAACCAUUUACACUAAAAAUA